AUGGCCGACUAUACCGCCGCACAGACCAGACCAGACGAGUUCGCAGCGGCGAACAAAGCUUACUUCGACGAACAGGCACACCAUGAUCAUGGCCACGGACAGGAGCUAGGGCGCAGGAACGUCGCGGCGAUGCGCAAGACGUGGCCAGAACUCUUCGACGAAGACGAGACUGUGGCUAUGGACUAUGCUUGUGGCACAGGGAACGUAUCCCGGCAGCUCUGCCAAUACGUCAAGGCGGUCGUCGGCGUGGAUAUCAGCGAGGCCUCGGUCGACCGCUACAACGCACAAGCAGCGAACCAGGGACUGGAGCCCGAUGAGAUGCGGGCCGUGUGUGCUGAGCUGAAGGGGGAACCGGGCGAGCUUGACGGGCUCAAGUUCGACAUUGUCGUCUGUUGCGCGUCGUACCACCACUUCCCCUCGAUAGAGGAGACGACGCGGGUUCUGGCGUCUUUCCUCAAGCCCGGGGGCUCUCUACUCGUCGCGGAUAUCAAGGCGGAAGAGGACGGCCGCUUGUUAUUCUCCGAGGGCUAUCACCACAUCGUCCCACACAAACAUGGGCUGAGCGAGGAAGAGAUGCGGAACGCGUUUGAGGGUGCCGGACUGGCCAAGUUUGAGACGAGGGAGACGUUCAAGGCGAAGAUGCGAUCGACGGGCCAGGAUAUGCAAUGGUUCGUCGCGCGAGGGGUCAAGCAGGUUAGCUGA